GACCUUAUUUCAUCGACUUUUUCGCGACAUUCCUUUGCAUUAAAUGUAGAGUAAUAUAUGUUCUUGACAGACUGUUUUUGAUGACAAAUCUUGCAUGUCCAUUUUUUCGCCUUUUUAACUAUGUCAACUUGAAAUGUUUUACAUUCCGAACAUCUUAAAAUUUGAAAUUCCUGCAUUUCUGUUUAUUUAUUAAAUUUUGAAUAAAACUGAAGGAGUAUGUUUAGAUGAAAAUGAAAGAUUUAGAAAGUAACGUCGUUUUGUUCUUCCCUUUUAUGGUAAUUAGAACAAUUUUGUGUAUAAAAACUGUCAAAUAAAUAAAAAAAACAAAGGAGUGUGUUUAGAGUUCAAGCGAAUAAUUCAAAUUUGAAAGUCCACACACAAGACAUCGUAUCACAUCUUUUUUAUUCAUUUUCAGUUUCGCUCUUUGCUCCUCUCGAAUUACUCGUGAUCGUUCAAAGCUCUGUGAAGUGUAUACAAGUUUGAAAAAAUAUAUUUAAAGAUAUUUUGACUAAGUGCUUGUUAAGAAAAGUCCACGCAAGAUGAGUUCAGCAGCUUACUAUCCAUUCCAAUGUCAGCCAACUGUUUUCCCAGCUGAUCCAUUUGAUCCUAAUGAAGACGCCGCUGUCUUACGUAAAGCCAUGAAGGGCUUUGGAACUGAUGAAAAAGCAAUUAUCGAAAUCAUCGCACGUCGUGGUAUCGUUCAACGUUUGGAAAUUGCAUCAGCUUACAAGACCAACUUCGGAAAGGAUUUGACAUCCGAUUUGAAAUCGGAAUUGGGUGGAAAGUUCGAAGAUGUUAUCAUGGCUUUGAUGACACCAUUACCUCAAUUCUACGCUAAGGAAUUGCAUAAUGCAAUGAGUGGAUUGGGCACAGACGAAGAAGCACUUAUCGAAAUCUUGUGCACUUUGUCCAACUACGGAAUUCGCACAAUUGCUGAAUUCUACGAACAACUUUACGGAAAUAGCUUAGAAAGUGACUUGAAAGGUGACACUUCAGGCUUCUUCAAACGUUUGUUAGUGUCUUUGGUUCAAGGAAACCGCGAAGAAAACACCGGAAUUGAUCAAGGUGCUGCUGUUGCUGAUGCCACUGCUUUGUUUGAAGCUGGUGAAGGUCAAUGGGGAACUGACGAGUCAGUUUUCAAUCGAGUUCUCGUCACCAAAUCAUACCAGCAAUUGCGUCAAAUCUUCUUGGAAUACGAGGCCAUGAGUGGUCACGACAUUGAAAAAGCAAUCAAGAGAGAAUUCUCAGGAAAUGUUGAAAAAGGCUUCUUGGCCAUUGCUAAGGUCGUAAAAUCGAAGGUUGAUUUCUUCGCAGAGAAACUUUAUGAUUCAAUGGCUGGUUUAGGAACCAACGACAAGACUCUUAUUCGCAUCAUCGUGUCACGUUCGGAAAUCGAUUUGGGUGACAUUAAAGAAGCUUUCGAGGCAAAGUAUGGAAAGAGUUUGGAGUCUUGGGUCAAGGACGACUGCAAAGGGGAUUAUAAGAGAGCUUUGGUAACGGUCAUUGGAUAAAUAAUUAAAGCAAAAGAAGCACAUCAUUAAAUUAAGUAUUGAAAUAAUUCGAAAUAAAAAUGUCAUUGAAAUAUGAAUAUUCACAUACAAACAACUGAACUGAAAAGAACUCAAAUAAAUCAAAUUUUCAACACUUUAAAUGUUUAGCUUAUUUAGGUAGUCAAAACAAGAAUGAUAUUAAUGGAUAGAAACAUACGCAAUAGAAUAAUCAAUGUCAAAAACUGAGGUUUAAAUUUAGAAUGCUUUUGAAAGCUUUAAAAUCUUUAAAGCUCAAAAAGCUUCAAACAGAAACUGAAAAUCAAGAACAUUCGGUAUGAAUUUUCGAAAUUUUUAAUCUUGUCCAUUGUAUUUAUUGAUGUAUACGAGAAAUUGAAUAAAAUUCACUGUCGUAAACUUUUAAGCUUAAAUUUCAAAGCUCUCCGAUCGUUGAUGUUGACAUUCAGGAAAAACAUUCAACUUGAAACAUUGGAUCAAAACAUUCGAUCAAAACAUUGAAACUUUUGAGCAAUAAAAAACAUUAAAAACA